AUGAAAAAGCCUCACAAGGGAUUCCGACUUUGGCUGACAACCCAGCCAACGCAAGAUUUCCCUCUUAGCAUUCUGCAGGCGUCUCUGAAGGUCGUGACAGAGCCGCCCGAUGGCAUAAGAGCAAACAUGCAGAGUUCGUAUUCCCUCUUCCGGGAAGACGCGUUUGAGCAGUGCACCCACCCUGCAUACACCUCGCUGGUCUACGGGCUAAGCUUCUUCCAUGCAGUUGUCCAGGAGAGACGUAAAUACGGGAGAAUCGGGUGGAAUGUGCCUUAUGACUUCAACGAGUCCGAUUUAUCCAUAUCUUUGAGCCUGGUGAAGAUGUACUUGAGUAAAAUUGGGAAGGGUCCAAACUGGCUUCCUGGAGAGGCUGAAGAUCACGGGGAGGAGCUGCAGGCCACUCGUCCCGUGCCGACUGCAACGGAUAUCCCUUGGGAAACCCUCAGGUAUCUAAUAGGAGAGGCUAUGUAUGGCGGCCGCGUUACUGAUGACUACGACCGGCGGGUUUUGGCAACAUACCUCGAAGAGUACUUGGGAGAAUUCGUCUUUGAUAACUACCGCCAGUUUUGCUUCUCCAAAGCGCCCAUUAGUUACACACUCCCGGCAGAUGGCACAAUUGCCGGCCACAUAGAAUUCAUCAAGAACAUGCCAGCAACCAACACCCCUGAAGUGUUUGGACUUCACGCCAACGCCGAAAUCAGCUAUUUCGUCGACAACGCGAAAAGCAUCUGGCUUGGACUUUUGAAGAUUAACAUUGCGAACAACUCAGGAAACAGUAAUGACUCUGCCGUGGGUAAUCUCAAAGAAGAGGCUCUAGUGGCGACUAUUUCAGAAAUACUUGAUAAAAUGCCGGAGAGGGGACUAUACUUUUCCCCUGGGACGGAAGCACUCACGCCCACGCAAGUCGUGCUGGCCCAGUUACAAGCAAGCCGAGAUCCAUAUAAGAAACCUCACAAGAGGGUAAAGAUCACGAGUUUUAGUUUGUCCGGCACUUUUGACACACAGGAGCUUGAUAGGCUCAACCUUUUGACGGAAACAAUGACUCAGUCCCUGCACGAUCUCUCCCGUGCACUUCGCGGAGACAUUGGGAUGUCUGGAGACCUCGAUGAAUUGGCGCUGUCGCUACAAGCAGGAUUCUUGCCCAGGCAAUGGCGCAUGCUUGCACCUCCUAGUCUGAAGCCUCUUGGCUCAUGGCUGUCCCACUUGAUGCGCCGCAUUGACCAAUACACCGGAACGUUGAGCUGCUACUGGCUCGGAGGGCUGCAUACGCCGGAUUCGCUGCUGACGGCUCUCAUUCAAGUCACGAGUCGGAAGAAAAAGGUGGCCCUAGACAAGCUAGUGCUCUUUACAGAGGUCACGGACAAGACUGCUGCAGGGCAAAUUGAAAGCACGCUUGAGCACGGAGCCUACAUCGAAGGAAUGUUUAUUGAGGGCGCUCGCUGGGACAGCACUGUUGGCCGCUUGGCGCCUCAAACCCCCCGCAAGCUGUUUGAAGAAAUGCCUCUGGUUAAAGUCGUCCCUGUCGAGGCUCACCACCUGAAUGUUCGUAGCUUGCUGCGCACUCCAGUCUACGCCACCCAAGCCCGCCGCAACGCCAUGGGCGAGGGAUGGGUGUUUGAUGCAUGGCUUCCUUACUCCGAGCACCCUUCAUUCUGGAUAUUGUCGGGCACUGCCUUAGUGCUACAAACAAGUGAUUAG